AUGAUGCACUUCACUCCAAUUCAAGGUCGCUAGAUUGCUCAACUCUGUGCGGCUCGUUAUCUCGUUUUUGCAAUUUGUGGUGACAAACACUGCCAAAAAUUCUAGCUUGGGAAACGCCAUCAUGGUUGACUUCUGACCCUGCAUUUUUUUUCCUUUAUGGUUUUCUAUUCCUUUUUAAUGAGUGGCAAAGAAUCAUUUCCUGUCACCACCGAUUCACUGAAUGCCAUUCCAUACCACCCACAAAUUACAUAAUUACCCAAAUUUCUACAAUUCCCACAAUAUAUAUGGUCAAUAUUGCUUGAUGAUGUAACGUGUUUGUGUGUGUGGUGACCUCCGAAGCCAGCCAUGCUAAUAAUGCCAUCAAGGCCUCUUCCAAAUUGCACGCACAUUCCAACUUCCUAUUGUUCUUUGCAGUACUCUCACCACACAAACACUGAUAACUAGCCGGAGGAGGAGAUGGAGGCAGCUAUUGAAACGGCGAGUUGGCUUCUCAGCAAGGCGCUUGCAAAGCUCUCGGACGAGCUGGUGGCCGCGUUCGUUGCCACCAGCUCCGAGCUCGGCCACAACUUCCAGAGCAUGAAGCACUGGCUGUGGCACACGCAAGGGCUGCUACACGCAGCCCGGAUCAGGGACAUGAGCAACAACCCUGGUCCUGGCGUGCAGGGCUUGCUCGCGGAGCUAAGCAAGAAGGCAGAUGAGGCCGAGGACUUGCUGGAUGAAAUCUGCUACUUCAUGAUCCAGGAUCAACUCGACCACACCAGCGAGGCCACCAUCCAGGACCCCGCCCCAAAUAUAGGCGAUCUCGUCCGUGGUCGUGCUCGUGAUGCUCACCAUGCUCUUCGCCACACCAUCGGUAACUGGCUUCCAUACUUUUCAAAUCCGGGUUCUGUCAACAGUAGUAGUAACACGUCCCGCAAAAAACAAAAAACAAAUAGUAGUAGUAACCCACAUCAUGCAACCAACUCUGGUGGCACUGAUGAUGCUUGCCCCAUCGACAGGCUAUCUUUCGACAGAGUAGACAUGUCCAACAGAAUCAAGUCCAUAAUUGAGGAAAUGAACUCUACAUGUGAACAUGUCUCCGACUUACUCAAAAUUGCAAACCAAAGUAGCACUGCAAUAACCACAACCCUCACCCUCAAAAGGCCAACCACGGGUUCAACAGUGGUGCAAGAUAAGUUGUUUGGGAGGGGUGACAUUUUUGAUAAAACUGUAACUGCUCUUACCGGUGGCACAUAUCACACUGAAACCCUCUCUAUUUUGCCUCUUGUUGGCCCUGGGGGUAUAGGAAAGACAACCUUCACCCAACACUUGUACAGUGAUGAAAAGAUCAUGACACACUUCACUGUCAAGGUAUGGGUAUGUGUCUCAACUGAUUUUGAUGUGCUUAACCUCACCCGGCAGAUCCUUAGAUGUGUACCUACAACAGAAAAAGAAGGAAACAAAAUUGCAAUCGAGACUGCCAAUUUAGACCAGCUUCAAAUAUCCAUUGCAGAGAGACUGAAGUCCACCAGGUUUUUAAUUGUCUUGGAUGAUAUUUGGAAAUGCAGCAGCGAAGGUGACUGGAAAAACCUAUUAGCUCCAUUCACUAAGGGGGAAACCAAGGGUAGCAUGAUUCUUGUCACAACCCGGUUUCCAUUAGUAGCACAUAUGGUGAAAACAACUGAUCCAAUAGAACUGCAUGGUUUGGAGCCUAAUGACUUCUUCACACUCUUUGAGUUUUCUAUAUUUGGUCAUAGCAAACCCCGGGAUUAUGAAGAUGACUUAAUUGGUGUUGCAAAAGAUAUUGCAAAAAGACUAAAGGGUUCACCACUAGCAGCCAAUACAAUCGGUCAGUUAUUGAGGAAAAACCUUUCUAAAGGAUAUUGGAAGGGAGUUCUUGAAAAAGAUGAGUGGCAACACAUGAAAAAUGAUGAUGAUAUUAUGCCAUCUCUUAAAAUUAGCUAUGAUUACCUUCCUUUCUAUCUAAAAAAAUGCUUUUCAUACCUUGCCCUCUUCCCUGAAGAUUAUAAGUUUUAUGAUAUAGAAAUUACUCGUUUUUGGAUUGCAGUAGGUAUCAUAAACUCUAGUUGCCAAAACGAUAAAAAUUACUUACAAGAGCUAGUGGAUAAUGGUUUUCUCAUGAAGGGGUUUGAUGGGUUUGGUGAUCAAUGUUAUGUGAUGCAUGAUUUAUUCCAUGAACUGUCUCGGAAUGUUUCAUCACAAGAAUGUGUCAAUAUAAGUAGUUUAUGUUUUAGUGCCGAUGGCAUCCCAAAAUCUAUUCGGCACUUAUCAAUCACCAUAGAAGAUAUAUAUGGUGAAAGUUUUGAAGAAGAAAUGGGUAUACUAAAGAGAAGGGUAGACAUUGGAAAUUUGCGGACUUUGAUGAUUUUUGGGUUACAUAAUGCACGAGUAGAUAAUAUUUUCAAAAGUACAUUUGAAGAAAUAAAGAGUCUGAGAGUUCUGUUUAUAGGAAUGAACACUCCACAAUCUUUGCCAAAUGGCUUUUCCAAUCUUAUCCACCUCCAAUACCUUAAUAUUAGAUCACCUUAUAUAGAAGAAAUGAAUUUACCUAGCUCAUUAUCUAGAUUUUACCACUUGAAAUUUUUGGACCUCGUAUAUUGGCAUGGAAGUAAAAAAUUGCCUAAAGACAUUAACCGCCUGGUGAAUCUACAACAUUUCCACUCAUCCAGAGAACUCCAUUCCAAUAUUCCUGAGGUUGGAAAGAUGAAGUGUUUACAGGAGCUAAAAGAAUUCUAUGUAAAGAAAGGGAGUGUUGGGUUUGAAUUGAGAGAGCUGGGGGAAUUGAGAGAGCUUGGAGGAAAACUCCGUAUAUGUAAUCUUGGAAUGAUUGCAUCCAAGGGAGAAGCUAGUGUUGCCAAACUGAAGAACAAAAGAAAUAUGAAAAAGUUGCGAUUAAUCUGGGGUCCACAACACCAGACUAUACAUGAUGAUGUUCUUGAUGGUCUUGAACCACACCCUAAUCUUUUGGUGCUUCAUAUAAUAAAUCCGGGUGUCGCCCCUUGUCCUAGCUGGCUGUGCGGCGAUAUUAGCACAAAAAGGUUAGAGUCUCUCCAUCUGGAGAAUGUAUCUUGGAGUACACUUCCACCUUUUGAGCAGCUACCACACCUCACCAAGCUCACUUUGAAGAAUAUAGCUAGCAUGCAUUCUUUUGGGCCUGGCAAUAAUGGUGUUACAGAGACAAGUUUCAUGCACCUGAAGACAAUUGUGUUUGAGGAUAUGCCAGUACUCGUGGAGUGGGUUGGCGAACCUAAUAGCCAUUUGUAUUCCAGGCUUGAAAGAAUCAAAUGUGCAGGUUGUCCCCUUCUCCGCUCAUUUCCGUUCUUGGAGUACUCAAGUCGGUUUACAAACCUGUGUGAACUUGUUAUUCAUAACUGCCCUGAGCUGUCCCAGUUUCCCUCCAUGCCUCACACCUCCACACUAACAUCUCUGAGUGUGAGGAAUGCUACCUCAAAGUUGUCAUACAAUGGAAAGGAAUUCACUAUCGGAGGGUAUAAUCAUGAUUUUUCCUUUGACAAUAUGGAUAAAGUAGAGGUUAUGGAAAUUAGGGAUGUAUCAGGCAUUUCGUUGUCAGACAUCCAAUGCCUAAACUCCUUGAGAAGUCUGAGUGUUGAAAGAUGUGAAAACAUUUUCUCUGCGCAACUGGAUGACAAUGUCGCCCUCCAUUCAGUUCAGAGUCUUGAGCUAGAAGAAUUAAGUAUUACAGGAGAAGAGUUUUCAAAAGCCUUGAGGUCUUUUCCAGCUAUUUCCCAGCUUAGUAUCUACAAGUGCAAGAGCCUGGUUCUUCUGCCCUUGGAGGAUGGAGGAGGACCGUGGGACCUGGUGAUGCUCCAAUCGUUUUCUGCAUCAUACUGUCACAAGUUGUUCUGUCGGUGGCCCAUGGGAGAAGUAGGAGGAGCUCAGACCAUCAAGCCUUUUCCUCCUUCCCUCAGGAAACUAAAGAUUGUCGAAGAAUCAAGCAUAAAGUCAAUGGCCCUACUCUCAAACCUCACUUCUCUCACCUAUCUAGAGCUGGUAGAUUGUGAAGAAUUAACUAUGGAUGGGUUUAAUCCUCACAUCACAACCAACCUCAAGGAUUUGUCUAUCUAUGACAAACAAAGGAUCUCUGUAGGAGCGGAUGUGCUGUCAGAGGUGGCAAGGGAUGGACUGAUGCAUGCUGGUUCAUUCGAACUGGAAAAGCUUGCGGUGAACAGCAUCUCGGCGCUGCUUGGUUCUCCAGUUUGCAGCCACCUUGCCGCUACUCUCCACACAUUACAGUUUCGAUAUGAUCGGUGGGUAGAAACCUUCACGGAAGAGCAGGAGCAAGCCCUUCAGCUCCUCACCUCGCUCCAAGAUCUACAGUUUAGUGCUUGCAGUAGUUUGCAGUCCCUACCACAACAAUUGCGUGGCCUUUCUUCUCUCAGAACAUUAGUGAUCUUUGGGUGUGAAAAAAUCAGAUCGCUGCCGCCCAAGGAGAGCCUCAACGCUUCACUAAGUACAAUAAUCGUGGCAAAUUGCAGUCCCGAGUUAACUGAGAAUGCCAAGAAUUUGAAAAAAUCAGACACAUAUUCAGCAAAAAUAAUUGUGUGCCCAUGAGAUGGGCGUCCUUCCAUUACCAUAUAAGUGACUGCAUGAUGAUCCGAAAAUCAUGACUAAGCAACUGAAAGUAAUGAUAGAGUCUACUCACUGGGCCUAAGAGAGCAUCUAUCAUCGUGGGUUGCUCUACUUUCUCCAUUUUCUGACCUCGAUUAUUUCACUCACCUUCUGCACACAAUUGCAACCGAUGCUCAAUUCAUAUAGUUAGUAGCUUCGCAUCCAGAACAAUUGCAACCAAUGGUGUAUUCUUAAGGAGCAUCACUGACAAGCUACAAUUCCCAAAGGUUUCCCUCUCAAUUUGCCAAUCAAAGACCCGAAAAAAUAUCAUGAUAUUGUAUUCUCCGGACGAUAGGUGGCACAAUCUGCGCCAUCUCUUAUUUGUGAAGUAUGUAUGGAACAACUGCACUGACACUUCUGUCAGAAGGUUCACCAUGAAGAAAAUUAAGUUGGGAAGGAGGAACAAUGCGCUUACUGUGGCCUGCUUCUUCCUAUGUGGCAAACCAGGCAUCCCUCCCGUUCCACGCUACGCUCCAUGAAUAGUCGCAACCAGCGGUGACCUCUGAGCUCGCGGUUGGCAAUUUUGUAUUCAUGACAUGGCUCUUUCAUCAAAACACCUAUCUUAACUUCUUGAAGCAGCAACUCCGAAAAGGUCAGUUGGCCGUUCUGUUCAACAAAAGUGGCAAUCCCCUGUUCUGUAAUGAUGGUUUUUGGAUUUGCAACACAUUGACGUGUGAACUUGAAGUAAUCAUUCGGGUUCCCCACUAACUGUGCUGCUGUUGGCGAGCCCAAACCUGAAGGAAGUCAUGAUUUAAGGUGUAUCAUGAUUAAUUUAUGGCUACUCCGGCCGAGACAGGUGGCACAAUUUGUUCCUUCUUCACAUAUGCUAAGCAGCUGAUCGAUAAAGCAUGCGCGCUGGGAAUUCAUCCGGUUUGAUAGGAACCAAAACAAGCUCCCAAGGAGGAACAAUCAUCCAAACAUAUACUCCUCUGAAGCUUAAAUUGGUGGUGUCAUGCUGUGGGGAUUGGCAAGCCGUUGUAUGUGUACACAACAAAUCACCAACGCUGACGACGCGCACCAAGCAUGACAUCCCACUCCAUCCAUGACUGUGGUCAGCCUCUUCUACACGCAGAACCAGGCGUGCUGCGCCUGCGCUACGCGAGGAUUGCGUGUGCUGUCACUUCCUCGAUCGAUGCUAACCUCAUCCUGUGCAUUUGGUGUGCCCGCCCGCUAGACUCAUGCUCUGGUACUCCCCUAUAGUCCUAGUUCAUAGAUUGACCUCGCCAGUGUCAACUCCUGCACGGCAUAUUUCCAUGUCACCGGCGUAAUUUGGGGCCGACACCGAGCUGCUACCAGUUCGGCCUAUCCACGUUGAAGCAAAUGCAGGAAAAUUUAUCCGAACUUGACUCUGCAAAUUCAAAUGGCACCAUAUUCAGUGUCUAAUGAUUCCGGGAUCGUUGCUGCGAAGCGGUACUGCAUCCUGAUGUCCACAGUGUCCUGCACCUCGGGUUUGCACAUCCACUCUGCUUACUCUGUCUCCUAGGCCAAGACAACCUCGCCAUCUUCGACCACGGCACCGCCUGGGCCCACAUCACCGGCGCAACUUGGGGCUGAGACCGAGGGGCUCAUCAUCCACGCCCUGAUGUUCUGCACCAUUAGCACCAUGUGUACAUGGAUACACCUGCAUGCAUCUGUUAGAUGAACUACAUGUCAGACAAGAACAGGGACUACCAUCUUCCUUGUGAAAGAGUACACGUUGAUUUGCCAUGUAGAUGAAUGUAUAGACCUAUGAAACACUAAGACACAGUUUAGAUUCGUCGCCAAAAGAAGACACGGUUUAGAUUAUCGUGAUGACACUGAGACAUCAGUUAGCAUCUUAGCAUGUCUUGUUACAACUGCCUGUUGUGCAUAUAUCGAGGCAUAAAUCAAUAUG